GCACAAAACCUGCCUGUCAGGUUCCCUCUUCAGCUGUUAAAACUAUGGUAACUGAAUGGAAUAUGUAUAUAAAUCUUUAUUACUUGAUUUCUUUUCAUCAGUACCAGAAAAUGCAGAGCCACAAGAAGUGAACCGUCAUUUAUAAACCUCUGUCUCGAAAGCUGAAUUCCAAAUGGGCUUGCUGUAACAGCACCAGAAUUCAAUUUGCCUGAAACAGAACAACUAAAUUACCUUUGAGCAGAGAGUAAAAAUGCCCUGAGUCGUCAGAUGUCUAUAAACACAUCCAAAAUGUGUUUCUCUGUCUCAGUUUGAACAGACAUAAAAGGACUUCCAGGAGACCUAACAACAAGUGGACAGUCAGUCCUGAAGUGCUUAAAUGUGCUAAACUGUAAUGUUUAAAGGUUGAGAACCUAAUAGAAGGUUGAGCUGUGAUGGAGAGAAAAGGACCUGGCAGUGUAGAGAAACAUCCUGUCUGGACCCUGGAAGGAUCAAUGUGACUCUAGAAACAAAUGGAUGAAUGAAUAUCCAUAUGAAGAGGAAAACCAUAAAGGAAGUGACUUCUUUUGCAUGGGGAAGGCAGAAACAUCUUUAUAGAACUAUGCUUGAAUGAUGGCUUGAGUGAUGAGUAAGAAUUCUGCUUUGAAAUGGGGAAGGAAGGAACAACCUCCCAAGACAAAAUAGUCAUGGCCAUGCCCUGAGCUCUCGAGGAGGUAGAAAUAAUCUCGGCGCCCUUGAGAACAGAAUGCUAAUGCUUGAUGGAAUGCCGGCAGUCAGAGUCAAAACCGAGCUUGUGGAAUCUGAACAAGGGUCUCCAAACGUCCACAACUACCCCGAUAUGGAAGCUGUCCCCCUCUUGCUAAAUAAUGUGAAAGGGGAGCCCCCCGAGGACUCACUGCCUGUAGAUCACUUUCAGACACAAACUGAGCCAGUGGACUUGUCAAUCAACAAAGCCAGGACCUCCCCUACUGCAGCGUCAUCCUCCCCUGUCUCCAUGACAGCGUCUGCCUCCUCACCUUCUUCAACUUCAACCUCUUCAUCCUCUUCUAGUCGUCCAGCCUCAUCCCCCACUGUUAUAACAUCAGUAUCUUCAGCAUCGUCUUCGUCAACAGUGUUAUCUCCAGGACCCCUUGUUGCCUCUGCAUCUGGCGUGGGCGGCCAGCAGUUCUUGCACAUCAUCCAUCCGGUCCCACCUUCCAGUCCCAUGAACUUACAGUCUAACAAACUCAGUCAUGUUCAUCGAAUCCCUGUGGUGGUACAGUCAGUGCCGGUUGUCUACACAGCUGUACGGUCACCUGGAAAUGUGAACAACACUAUUGUUGUACCGCUCCUGGAGGAUGGGAGGAGCCAUGGCAAAGCACAAAUGGAGCCCCGAGGCCUAUCUCCCAGACAGAGUAAAAGUGACAGUGACGAUGAUGACCUGCCAAAUGUGACCUUAGAUAGCGUUAAUGAAACUGGAUCCACGGCCCUUUCCAUAGCCAGAGCAGUACAAGAGGUACAUCCAUCCCCGGUAUCCAGGGUCCGAGGAAAUCGAAUGAAUAACCAGAAGUUUGCUUGUUCAAUCUCACCAUUUAGCAUUGAGAGCACAAGACGCCAGAGACGAUCAGAAUCCCCAGACUCCAGGAAACGGCGCAUCCACAGAUGUGACUUCGAAGGGUGCAACAAAGUCUAUACAAAAAGUUCUCACCUGAAGGCACACCGGAGAACACACACAGGAGAGAAGCCCUACAAAUGCACGUGGGAAGGCUGCACCUGGAAGUUUGCCCGUUCCGAUGAACUGACCAGGCAUUACCGCAAACACACGGGAGUGAAGCCAUUCAAGUGCGCGGACUGUGACCGCAGCUUCUCGAGGUCAGACCACCUGGCACUGCACCGUAGGAGGCACAUGCUGGUGUGAGGAAGGCUCCAGUCCAGCUACGUGCAAGAGCUGGGUCUCUUCAGGAGCAACUAACUCAGCAGGGCUGAGCUCCCUCUACAGUGUUAAUGUCAAGGGCACCGCCAUUCCCACGGUGCCUGAAACCAGAGCAGGAACAAGAAGGAACCCUUCUCCCUUCGGCCUGAAGGUAACCCCCCAUCAAGACCACACGCGUGAGAGAGCCGUCUGCGUUCACGCUGGCCUGGGAGUUCAGCGCCUCAGGUCCUGAAGAGACAGGCAUUGUUUUCCAUGCUAUGUUCUCUGCCAUUGAAAAGAUGUUUGUAGCUUGUACAUUUUCUGAGCUGGCAGACACUCUGCUAUCAGUCCCUUUAAAGGUCAUCUACCGCAAAUUGAUGGUUAGAGGAGACCUUCUCAGUUUGGAUGAUUCUUCCUUUCCACCCCCACCCCAACCCCAACCCCUUUUGACAACGAUUUCAGUUCCUAUCUCAGUAAGCUAGAACACACACCCAGUCUGUUACCAGCAAGCAGCAUGAACUAGAAAGGAAGGGGCUAUUGGAGGCACUCUGUUACCCAAAAACAAAGGCACACAGAAGUAGCCCUCUGUGCUAGAUAGCGCUCAUACCUUGUCCUCAUGCCAUCCCCGAAAAGAACCAACAUUGAGUCUUUUCAUUUGUUUGUUGUUGCUUGUUUCUGUUCUGUUUCUAUUCUGUUUUUGUGCAUCUGUUCCAGCAGAGGGGCAGAGCAGUUUCUCAAAGACUAGUCCUGCUCCGCCCUGGCAUGGACUGACAGAGUAUUCCGUAGUUGAAUAGGAAGAGCCUGUCUAAAGUAAUAAUAACAAUAAUAAUAAUUACUGUCCCACUUCAAAUUGCAGUGUUCUGUCACCUAGGCCCCAUCUCCUCCUGCCCUUAGUGUUUGAUUACAAAGAAUCGAGGGGAGGGGGGCUUUCUUAGACACACUGGCACCACGGUAAGAGGUGGAGCUGCCCAGGCAAAGUCACUGAACAUGAAAACGAGACAAAGCAGAGAUGGAAAUAAUGCUCUUCUUGAGGAGAAAAGCAAUAAUGAAUAGAAGGACUUUCCUACAAUAACUCCACUGAGGACUCACAUUACCGAUUUUCAUACUUACUAAAGGGAUUGUAAAAAACACCCCAGCAUUUCAGCGGUCUUAGUUACAGCCACAGCACGGAGGUAAUCUUUCCACUUUCUGUUGUCCUACUUGCUUAAGUACCACAAUUAAAGAUUAUGCUCCCCACUUCUUGGUUGGAAACAGUUACUUGGUGACUAGAGAGGCACAGGAGGCAGAGCUGCAGAUGAACUCUUCAGCCUGUGGGUCUGUUUCGCUUGGGCCUGAGUCCGUGGCGAGAGUGUCCCCAUGGAAAGCCUGCCUUGGUGCUACUUCUCCAACCUGGAGAGCCAAGAGUCUGACUCUACGCAGUUCACUUUUUAAACUGUCCCAGAAUCCCCGUGCUCCCACAUUGGCAUCCACAGGGACAGACCACCUGCUUCUUCUGGGAGAAGGGUCAGAGCUAAGUUCCAUCCUAUCUCUCAAGUAAAGAGCUUUUUUUGUAUUUAGCAAAAUGUACAGGAAAAGCAAUAUAUCCCCCAACAAGCACUCUUUCCAAAAUAGUCUGUCCCCACUGAAAGCUGCUGUUUUCCCAGCUUUCUGUGGCAAAUUGGGUUUGGUGAGAUUUUUGUUGUUAAGACAUUUUAUAGCUUAAAUAUUAAAGGUCUCCAGUGAAGGCCUUUGCAAUAUAUUUCAAUGACACACUUGAUUUGGGGAAACUGCACAAAUCAACCUCAUAGGGUUCCUAGCUCAGUUUUGAAUGUCUGCACAUUCUAAAAUGAUUUCUGGUGACAGUUACCCUUCCUAGUAUCAGCUUCUAAUCAGGAUAAUUGUAUUCUGACAAAGCAAGAGCUAUGAACAUUACAAGGAGAACCACUUGUGUCGGGUAGCUUUGAAAAGACUUUUAAUAACUGUUCAGGCAAAAGUAGCAUGAUUUACAGGUCAAGUCCCAGCUUCAGAGAUCUGUGCUCUACAUUUUCUGCCAGGUAUAAAAACUUCAUCAGGCAAUUUCCCUCCUCCAAGGGCUGUAGUUCUAUUGAUAAAUAGCUUCAGCUACACAGGUUGGUACCCACCAGCCAGCAGGAUUUUUUGGGUUUUUUGGUUAUUGCUUUUUGUUGUUAUUUUUUAUAUAUAUACCAACUGGAACAUUUUAAAAUCUGUACUGUAUACACUUCCUACUUCUCAUUGCCUGUAAUCAUCCAGAAUAAAACCAGGUUUCCUGAUGCACGCCAGCAUUAGUAACUGGCCAGGGCAAAGAACCCUAACAAUGGCAAACAAGCAGGAUCCCCCAGGCGCUGGCCCCAGAGCCUAAUUGGCAGGUUGGAAGGAAGUUGCUCAAGUCAAGUACACAUUUGGCUUAGUUCUGUCUGCUCUCGUAGGAGCCGGUCCUUUCUCCACUGAGAAAGCAUCUUGCAAGUUUUACAGGGAGAAUUCACUGAUCUGACAAGCAAGGGAAGCUUCCUGACUGACAUCUUAAUUUAAAUUUAGCACAGAGCUAAGUGAGUCGUACCUCUCUACAUACAGCAGCAUAAGAAAGACGUGGGGAAGUGAGCGCUUCCCCCUCGCUCCCUGUAAAUGGAAAGCAUACUGAGAUGGUAAGGUAACGGGUAAAACCUGCCACCAUUACAGCGUUUCCCUCUUUUUGACAUAGCGAUAUUUUUAGAAGAGUUGCAAGCACAAACGAACACAUCCCUGAUCUGGCCCAAGAACUGAGACUUAUUUGGCACUUGUCUGGAGGAUGUAACCAAUCCUCCCCAGUAAGUUUCCGAGGUGUGUUCCCCGUAUAACAGAAAGUGGUUUCAGACUAAAGGAAAUGGGAUAUCCUUAGGCACAGAAAAGCCACCACCCAUUUCAUAGUCCAGUCUAGCUUCUUGAAAAGCACAGUGUAUGAUAAGCUAUCAAAAAGAAAAAGAGAGAGAGAGAGAAUCCUAAAGCACCUCUCAGUGGUUUCCUAAGUAUGCUUUGCUUUCAGGUUUGGAGUGGUUCAUCUUGCAGCUAGGAAGGGUGUGUGUGUAUGGGAACACCUCGCACACACACAGUGGGGAGAACCAAUUGUCUCCUUGAAAUGUAAAAGCUGAUGACAAGGGAGUUGGGCUAUUAGGGGUUUUCAGAGAGUCCCUUAUAUUCCAAUCUUAAGGUUACAUAAAUAAAACGAGCACUUUUAAAUAUCACUUUAAAGAUUAAAAGGGAAACAAGAUUAGUGGGGGGGGGGGGUUCAAAAUGCUUCCGUGUUUACAGACAAGGGUUGUAGGUGAUUAGAAAGGCCAUGUUCAUCAUGGUUGAAAUUUGGAACAGCUCAUGUGAAGACUGUGUUCGCUUUCAUGCAACUUGUUUAAUGUCAGACUGCCAUUCGACUCUGGACUGGAAAUGGAACUCUGCACUUUGAGAUCAGCUCAUUAGAAUGAUAACGUGUAUAUGGAUAAAGAUGCAGUAUUCCUUAGUCUGUGCUUUGUUUAUUAUGUGUACCAAAGCUGCAAUUGAAUAAAUCUGGUGAGGGGAGGCCUUCAGUUGUAAUCACAUGCCGUGGUUUUGUUGUGGUGACUGCCUAGAAACGUUGCUGAGAUGUUGUUAGGAGGCUGUCCAGUCACCUGUAUAGUGAGGAUUCUUAGAUUUGAAGCAGUGUUAAUACCAGCACACACACAGUCUGCAUAGAAAGGAUCGAAUGUGAGUUAAUGCUGGUGAACCACAUAGGCCCAGGAAGCCUUAAUACUCAUAGCUCAAAUCAGAGUUUAUUCUUUACCAUUGCCUGUAAGUGUAUCAAGUAAAUGUAGGCCACCGGCCAGCUCUCUCUCUCUCUCCCUUUCCUGAGGUUGUAUAUCCCACAGAAAUGUUUUCGGAUUGACUUGGCUCAGCUAAGGAAAGAGAGUUGGCUGGCCAUGUCUUCCAUAUUCCAUGUCUACUUGUUCCCACACUGCCUUUCACUUAUCUGGACAGACACCCGCAACACAUGCAUCUGUGUGCACACAUCUGUAUAGGCAGCAGCCAGCAGGCAAGCAAAUAUCAACAAAGAACUUUUUUUAAAGAAAUAAUUUGUAAUAAUCCAUCCUAUGUAGAAAUGUAAGUUAUUACCCAACUAGAGAAUCAGCUUAUAAUACUAUGUAACUUUGCCUGCAUUUUAUAGUUAAGAAAUGUAUAUAAAAAAUUUAAAAUGCUAUAUUUUCACAAUUUCAUUAUAGAGUAAUGUGUGUUUAGCAACCCAUGCCCAUUGGUAUUUUAAAUAUGCUAAAUAUUGAACAAUUGCAAUAGAAAUUCAGAUUUUCAUAAGAAAAUAAAACAGAAGGAUACUGCAUCUUUAAAAAACAGAGUGACGCUAUUUUACUGUAUUCGUAACAUAUGUGAUAGUGGAAAAGUAUUUUCAAACAUGCAAAUUUUACAGAGGUUGUAAAUAGUUUGAUGACGUAUGUUGGGGAAAAGCUUCUAGUUUUCAUCACAAUAAAAAAAAACCACUUGUUCAGAUAUGCCUUGUGUAUGGAUGAUACACACAAUUAGCAAUGUUGCCAUGGGAACUGGUUCCACUUGUUGAUGUUCUUGGUGCUUGGCUAGAACUGAGUGGCCACUUGUCAUGGUGUAGCCAGAAUGAUUUGAAACUCAAAUGAAGUCACGUUUUCAAACUUGUCAUGUCUUUUUCUUGGGACUGAAAAAAAUGAGGACUUACUUGUUCUAGAAAGAACCAUCUAGCAGUCAUUCUCCCCUCUCACUUCUCUUCUUCCUCAAUGAGGUGGUUUUCGAUUGAGAAAACAAAAUGGAAUACAGGUAUUUAUUUCUUGUGUAGGUUCCAGAGGGAUUGUUCUCUGGUCUAGGUGUAGGUCGAUGAGGUUAAGUGUAUGGAUAUGGCCACAUAUUAAAAUAUUCUGCAGUGGCAACAGGAAAAAGGUAAUGCCCAUUUUUCAGAAAUGAAUUAAAUGCUGAAAGUGCCUGUCAAUGAAUGUGACCAAUGAGAUAAUCCUAUACUUUGACACAGCAAUAAUUAUUUAUCAUACAUGGUUUUUCCUACACAGUUUGAGAGCCCCCCCUCUCUCCCUCCCUCCCUCCCUUCGUCCCUCCCACACACACACACAUAGGAAAGAAAUGCACAUAGGAAAUUAAAUCUGUUCACGCAAACUCACAGAAGAGGGCUUUCAUCACUUUGAAGUAUAAUGAAUCUGAUUUGCAAUUUACUAUCUCUUCAUUCCAUCUUUCUUACUUGAAUAUAAGCAGGCGAUAUAUAUAUGGAGAUUAAGGUUAUCUUUAGCGUACAUGACAAUUAUAAUGUUCAGAUAAAAAGUUUGACUGUGAUGGACCUCAAACGUACGGCAGAGCACGUAUAGCUCAGACAGGCUUGCUCUGUUAAAAAUUUGGAGCAGAUUUGUAAGGGAUUUUUUUUCAGUCUGCUUUAUUUUACCCACUUAGCUCAGUGCACAAGUCCAUCCUUAUGUGCUCCAUUCUCUUUUCAUCUGACAUGUACCCUCAUAUCAUCAAGGAGCAUCUAGAGAUGCACAUUGACAAAUUAUCCCUCUCUUCCCCCAAAAAGUCCUUGGAUACUUGUGAAGGCCUUCAGACAGGUAUUUAGUUAAUCCUGACAGUUACCUCAUGUCAUGAUGUACAAUCAGAUGCUUAUAAGCUCUUUUCUAAAAUUAUUUUAUAGCUACAAGUAGAGUCAGGGGUAGAAAUGAGACUGUAUAUAGACAUGAUCCCAGCCUCUUCUCCAGCCUUGCUCUCUCAAAGCAUAAAUCCACCCAGACAAGCUGUUGAGGCUACGUGAAAUGCUGUACUCUUUCAGAGCCAAAUACUCAGUAAGAACAGUUCUUAACGUAUGGCGGCGAAUACACAGUCAGGUUUUAGACAGCAUAUGAUACUGGAGCAGAAUAGCAGUCUCCGGGUCCCAUACUCAGGUGGAGAAAACCAUCCACUGUUCACCCUACUUUGUUUUAAAAAUGAAGGGUGAAUGCAAAUGCUUCAGGAGGUAGAUGGGAAAACCAAACAGGUGCCAUGUCAAAGCACAGCUACUGCGGUCCCUGGUCUCACUGUAUCCCUUAAGGUUCAAAGCUCAGUGCACAGGGCAAGGGGGGGAUGGGAGGAUAGCUACUCCUAAUUAAUUCCACGUGCUGACUGCUGCACUAAGAAUUCUAAUAUUACCUCCCAUCUGUACAACCAUUCUCCAGUUCAUGGAUGAGAAACUGAGGCACAACAGGAAUGGCUGAGAUGUCCAAGGAUACAGAAUAAGUGGGUAGAAUGGGAAUACAUAACCUGGCUCUGCAGCCUGUAUUCUUUCUGUUGUAGGCACACCCCUGUCCCCUAUUCCUGUCUGCAUAUUCUCAAUCUCUUACUCAGCUUUGUUCUGAGGGCCCUGCAGGGGUAAAAAAAAGAACGUCACCUAGCACACGGUGUGACUAUAGUCGAGAGGAUUUUAGAUCAGAACCUUCCUGGAAAGUCACUGAUGGACGAUCAAUCUGGACAAAUAUUGAACCAGAGAUCUCCCUAAACGUGGCACUUUCUUUCAUAGGUUUGCCCAGAGCCUCGAAGAUUCUCAAAACCUUUCUUACUUUCCACUACAAUUUAGUCCCAGUUAGUUUUCCUCAGUUUACAUAUUUCCUUUUGCCUAACAGACCUGCUCUAAUCUGUGAAAGGGCAUGUGAGACCCUCACCUGAGUAGAGCUACUUCGUAACUGCAGAGGCCACUCUUACAGGUGGACAGGUCCCGUCCAGGCCUCACUUAACAGCACUGCCUCGGAAUGUUUUAAAUAGUCUCAUAAAUAAUUUGCUUACAGUAUUGUUAGUUUGAGUUUUUAUGUGAGGAGCUGUCUAACAUCAGAGCAAUGAAAUCCCUCCCUGUCUGCAUAGAAGGUCUCUGACAGUAUUGAUUCAUGGAUGCACUAAUGGACUUUGAAAACCUUAACAAUGCCAUUUCUCAGAGUGUUUCAGUUUGUGAAAAUGAAUCUCCUGAAUUAUGAUCUUUCUCCCUGUUAGUUGGCUGGGGAGAAGAGAUAAAAGCUAUAUAAACAACUUCUCUUCCAUGCUGAAAGCCAGGGUCUAUGUCCACAGCCUCCUUGUAGAUGGGGACUCUGGUCACUUAAUUGAGUUUCAACAAUUACUUCUCAGAUGACAAUGCCACCACCCUGAGUGGGUUGACAAGUGGAAGAGUCGCAUCAAUAACCCCUUUUCCCCUGAAUUUCAUCUCUAGAAAUGUGAAGUGAUUCAGUGACAGUAGUUAUGAAUUAUUCUUUUUUUUCAAAUGCAGGUGUAGCCAAGUCCUUGACAGAGAUUAAUCUUUGUUGAGAAAUGAGGGUUUAUAAGAGAGAAUUCCUCUCCAAUUCUACUAGUAAAAGUGUCCAGUCAAUCAAAAAUGAAGAUAUUUUAGGAAUAUUUUGACAUCUCCCUUUUAUGCUCAUUUUGUUCUCUAAAAAUACAACAUAAAACAUGACAGAUGUGUUUUUUUUUCCCCAACUCAUGUUUCUAGCUUCCUUGUGGCAGGAUUUUGUGAUUGUUUCCAGACCAUAGACUAUAUUCUGUUCCUCAAAUUAUUACAUUCAGUAGGUAUCGUUGAACCAGGCACUGGUGCCUACAUGCAAGGCUCUUUCCUAUCAACUUGUGUGUGUGCAACUUGUUGUGUUUGAAGGUUCAUCUUUGAAAGCCACUGUCUCCCGCCAUGGAAUGGCAGUUGUAUUGUUUUGUCCAUGUCUAUGUGGGACACAUUGCAUCCCAUGGCAAAGCAACUAUAAAUGGAUGUGAGAUAACGAAUUAAGAAAACCAGCUUGAAAACAUUGUCUUCUCUAUUACAUCAUCCUGCCUCAUAAUGCAAUUAUGUGUAUCAUGAUCACCUUUUACAAAGAGAAACCAGCAAAUUCAUGUUUGUCCAUAGAAGGGUGUACUAGGAAUUGUCUGUGUUGUGAAACUAUGAGAACAGACCACCUUUAAUAUAUCCACCUGCCACUUAAAAUGACUUAGUUAUAAUUAGUAGUAGUCUAGACGUUGCUCUUGGUGUGUGGGGGUCAGUGCAGACGUCGUAAUCCUUUGAAUAAGCCUCCCAGUCAUAUCUGAAAAACACACACACACAUGAGAAUAAAGAAAACAUCAUCUUUGCCCAAAUCAAGCAAGCAUCUCUUUGCUUUUCCUCAAUACUGAGCUCAUUACACAUGCUGAUUGGAUCACAAGAUCUUUCUGUGUAAAAAUACGAAAAUGUUGUUUACUUAUUCUAGGCUGGAAACCUCUGCAUGGGAAAGUGAAUAGGUGAGCUGCUUCUGGGUCAUAUUUAUGGGUGUAAUCUUACAAAAAGACUCUUGGCCAUAUGACCCAGAGAGUUGGAGUGCCCAGAGGAAAGCCUACAUAUUAGAGAAUAAAAUCCCCCGAGGAGGCUGGCAAGCAAAUGUGUUGAGUUCUUAAAUCUUUGUUCAGUUUUUCUGUUCAGAGUUUUAAUUGCAAAUGAAUUUAUUUCUUCAGCUUAAAGAUCUAAUUUCCUAAUAGUUUCCUCCGCAUUUAUAUACUCUGUAGUGUUUAGGCAGCUCCUGUUAUAAGUUUAUUAAUAUUAUGUAAGUGUUGUUCUUGUAUUUAUGUAUAGUGUAUGUAUUGUAAAUAUACUCAGAGCUUUUCCUUUUUACUGUAAAAUGGUGAUUUUUUUUGCCCUAUGAUAAUGAAAAGGGAGACUCUCCUAAUGAGGUUCUCUCAGAAGAUUAUUCCAGUCUAUUCUCAGAGAUUUAAAUGAACAAGUGUUAUUGUUUUCAAUGGUGUCUCAGACAUAUUCUGUUGGUGCAUCGCUUUUCUGUAUUCAACUUUCCUAUGAAUUGAGCUGUGAACUGAAAUAGAGUUUAAACCUUUAUCUGUAUGCAUUUGUAUAAUUAUCUGAAUGAAGGCAUGAAGGUUAAAUAAAGCAUUUUGUAUGGAA